GGGGCGCGCAGGGGGCGGGACGCGGUCCGGGUCUCCGCGGAGACCGUUUCGGUACCGCCCCGGCGGGAGGCUGGAGGUUCCAUUUGCAGAGGCCCAGAAGGACUUGAUGACAUGAAUCCAGAUAUUUCCAGGAUGGCAAGGUCCCUGUAUGAGUGGCUGUGGCAGCACGAGUUCUGGCUGCCCCCAGGAAUCACCUGGGAGGACAUGCAAGAGUCUGAAGGCAUCGAUUACCCCCAGCCUCGGGAUCUCCUGCUCAGCAUCCCUUUUGCUUUAAUCUUGGUUGUCAUUAGGUGUGCCUUUGAAAGAGCCAUAGCCCUGCCCCUCAGUAGCAAACUGGGUGUGAGAGAUAAGCAGAGACCAAAAGCUCAGCCCAACCCUGUGCUGGAAAACUUCUACACUACACGUUGCAAGAACCCUGAAGAGGGGCAGCUGAUGAGUUUGGCCAAGCAGUGUGAUCUGCCAGUGAGGAAGGUGGAGAGGUGGUUCCGGCGCCGGAGGAACACAGACAGACCCAGCCUGUCCAAGAAGUUUUGUGAGGCCUGCUGGAGGUUUACAUUUUACAUCACUUCUUUCUGCACUGGACUUGCUGUCCUCUACGACAAACCUUGGCUUUGGGACCACAGAGAGUGCUGGACAGGGUAUCCACAGCAGCCUCUCCAACCCUCUGUGUUCUGGUACUACCUGCUGGAGCUCUCCUUCUACUGGUCCCUGGUCUUCACUCUGCCCUUCGAUGUGAAGAGGAAGGACUUCAAGGAGCAGAUAGUCCAUCAUGCUGCAACCAUCUUCCUGAUCAGUUUCUCAUACUGUGCCAAUUACAUCCGCAUUGGGACCCUGGUGAUGGUGAUUCAUGAUGCUUCUGAUUGCUUCCUAGAGCCAACUAAGAUAUUCAAUUACAUGAAGUGGAAAAAAACUUGUGACAGCCUCUUUAUGAUCUUCUCAGCUGUUUUCCUCAUCAGCCGCCUGAUCAUUUUCCCCUACACGGUGCUCUAUAACACCUACUAUUACUCCAUGGAGAUAUUCCAGCCCUUCUUUGGAUACUACUUUGUGAAUACACUCCUGACAAUUCUGCAGCUGCUCCAUGUCUUCUGGUCCUGCCUCAUUAUUCAUAUGGUCUACAAGUUCAUCCUCCAGGGCACGAUGGAAAAGGACAUGAGGAGUGACACGGAAGAAAGUGACAAGGAUGAAGAAAGAGAAAAGAUUAGGGAAAAGGAGAAAAAUGGGAUCACGUAUUUUAGCAACGUCACAAGCAACGAUUACAUCCAGAGGAAUGUCUCUGAGCCACUCAGCAGCAGAACCCAUCUCAGUAAUGGCCAUGUCAAGGACAGAUAGCUACUCUGACCCUGCUCCUGAUCUGGUCUGUAAUGAAUCCAGUCUUUUGUCUUUAGAACCAGUUUUGCUCGUUAUGUAGAUAAAAUGAAGUGCAAUUGCAGUAUCAUAGCUUUGUAUCAACAGAAGUGUUUAUAGUCAGUGAUGUCUGAAGGAAGAUUUUGGUCUUUCUUCAGUAAAAGCUUACUAUAGAUUGUAGUCUUGAAGCAGAUAGAAAGGGAUCAAAGCAGUUUGACUUGUAUUAGACUGUACUAUAGUUGUUAAAUGUGUUAAUCUUGAAAAAUGCUGGCAGUGUCAAGUCUUAACCACAUAAUGUAGCAAUCUAUUUAGCCUUUGGUCAGCCUCUGGAGGCCCUGACCCAUUACCACUAAUGAUUAUGGCUAACAAGAAAGUGUGAGACUCUAAAUAUUAGUAGGGGACACCUCUUUGAAGAAUACAGGAGCCCCAUAGACACUCAGAAAAUUAAAACUAAGCAUAGUGGAAUGAAAACUUUGGAAAGACAUGGGAGAAAACAUUUUUAUUUCAAAGGAAAUGCUGCUGUGUGCCGUAUGAGCAGUUUUGUAAUGAUGUGGAUGUCAGUGCCUUCUGUUGUCAACAUUAUUGCCACAAAGGUGGGAACUUGAAAGCCCAGACUGCAGAGAGUUCUCACUCAAAUCAUAGCUGGAAGAGCUGGAAAAUCCUGGCAGCUGUGUCUAAACUGUCAGGUAAUCCUUUAAGCACAUCUUGGAAGGAAACAGAAGAAGGGAGGUGACAAGAAAUUAGAUUAAUCUGGAGGACAACACUGAUCACUAAUUAAUAGCUCAUGUUUUCACCUGGUAUGAUUGGCACAGUGGGAAAUGUUUACAGAGUUAGCUUGUCACAAAAAGGAAUCCAUUUCCCCAGUCCUCAGAGGAAAAAGGAUCCAGAGAAGAUCUGCUGAACGUUAUGGAAUAAUCCUCUAAUGUGGCCUUCUAACUCUAGGGCUUCUGCCUGCUUGUAGCAAGAGUAGGAAGUUUUAAAACACUGGUCCAUGAAGUCAUGAUGCAGUUCUGAUCCAGUUUGUUUAGAUGUCCUGUAUCUUAUAUCCUGUGGAGUCUUAGACUUUGGACUCUGUAAAUCCUUAAAAGCAUUAAAUUAGUGACAUGAGUUGUGUUUUAUAGAUAGAUUAAUCUAUUAAAACAAAGCAUUGACAGAUUCACUGUAAUGAGUGAAGGGACUGCCAGGGCCAUGCAGACACUUCCCUGUUUGUGCCCAGUAAGGGCCAAUCCUAAUUUGGGGGGGGGGGACAUGGACCAAGGAAAUGCCUGAUUUGAGGAGGUGGUGCACGUUUAUAUUAAAGUCAAGUGACAGCAUAGAAGGACAGGAGAGUUUUUGAGGAUUCCACUCAGUUUGCUACAGAUGUGACUGAGAGAGCUUUGAUCUGAGCUUGUGUGUGCUCAUCUUAGGAUCAAAAUACAUUGGAUAAUAGCAGAGGGGAGAAAGUACACACAGCACAGGUGAUUCCCAGGCAGCAACACACUUGGGAGGAGAGCAUCUGCUCCUGCAUAGUCAUUUAAAUUUGAAUUUGCUGAAGAUAGUCUCUGAAACCUUCAGCUCAUUUGGAUUUCUAAGUACAUGUUCUGCAAGCUGUCACAUUUCUUUAGUUUGAGUGUGCAAUCUUGCCACUCCUCUGCAGGUGAUGUGUUCAGGAGGGAUGGUUAUGUAUCAUUUUGUACUACUGAAUGUAAAUGUUCUUUAUAAAUUACUUUUGAAGGG